CACACCGGUCGUUCGUUGCACGUGAACGUACUCUAACCCUUCCUCAUCCCUCUCAAAAACAUCUCUUUUUCUUCUCUCUCUAUCUAUCUAUCUAUUUCCUUCUCCAACUUCGCAAACGCAACACCCUUUGCUAUAAUACGUGACACCCACCACCCUCUCUCGCAUCGCUCACGCUUCUCACGACACUCUUUUUUUUUUUUUUUUCUUUUUCUUAAAAAACAUUCUGAGCACAACAGAACAGAACAGAGCCACACUCGCAUCCAUCGAGGUUCCCAUGGCGCCAAUUCCGUAGAUAACUAACUCCUUUCCUCGAACAACUCGAACUACCGAAAUGAAGUCUGCGCAGGUCAAAGAAGCGAUUCUCUUUACUCUCCUAACGUGCGUCUUCGCCAUUGCAGAUUCGGAUCUAGCUUCGGACAGAGCGGGGCUAGUGUCACUCCGAAGCGCGUUGGGGGGACGCACGCUGCUAUGGAACACCACCCAAACAAACCCUUGCAGGUGGACCGGCGUCACCUGCACUAACGAUAGAGUAACCAUGCUCCGCCUCCCAGCGAUGGGUCUCUCCGGUUCGCUCCCCUCCGGUUUGGGAAACCUCACCGAACUGCAGACGCUCUCCCUCCGGUUUAACGCUCUAACCGGACCAAUCCCCGCGGAUUUCGUCAACCUCAAAGCGCUGCGGAACCUCUAUCUCCAGGGAAACUUCUUCUCCGGCGAACUUCCCGAUGCGGUGUUCGCGUUGCAGAACCUCGUGAGGUUGAAUUUAGGUAACAACAAUUUCAGCGGCGAAAUUUCGCCCAAGUUCAAUGGUCUCACUCGUUUGUCCACUCUCUAUCUCGAACGCAACAAUUUCACUGGUUCAAUCCCUGACCUUAGUGUUCCGCCUCUGGAUCAGUUCAAUGUCUCGUAUAAUUCCCUUACCGGUCCCAUUCCGAACCGGUUUUCGAGUCGGGACCAAACCGCUUUUCUCGGUAACUCACUCUGCGGGAAGCCCCUGCAAAGUUGCCCCGGAAGCGAGGAGGGAAAGAGUAAAUUAUCCGGUGGUGCCAUUGCGGGUAUUGUGAUAGGUUCCGUGGUUGGUUUGCUGUUGAUUCUGCUGCUUUUGUUCUUUUUGUGUAGAAAAAGGAGUGGGAAAAACGAUGAAAGUGUGUCAACAGGGAAGCGUGAUGUGGAAGGUGAAGUGUCUCGUGAAAAGAGUGUGGAGAGUGGGAAUUCAGGUUCGGCGGUGGCAGGUUCGGUGGAGAAAAGCGAGGUUCAAAGCAGUGGUGGUGGAGAUAAGAGUUUGGUGUUUUUUGGGAAUGUGAAUAGAGUGUUUAGUUUGGAUGAGUUGUUGAGGGCUUCUGCGGAAGUGUUGGGGAAAGGAACGUUUGGAACGACCUACAAGGCGACGUUGGAAAUGGGGGUGAGUGUGGCGGUGAAGAGGUUGAAGGAUGUCACAGCCGCAGAGAGGGAAUUCAGGGAGAAGAUUGAGCAAGUGGGGAAGAUGGUUCAUCACAACUUGGUCCCACUAAGGGGUUAUUACUUUAGCAGGGAUGAGAAGCUUGUUGUCUAUGAUUACAUGCCCAUGGGAAGCUUAUCUGCACUAUUGCAUGCAAACGGUGGAGUGGGGAGGACUCCACUGAAUUGGGAAACAAGGUCUAGCAUUGCUCUUGGUGCUGCUCGUGGGAUUGCACACAUUCAUUCUCAUGGUCCAACAUCCUCUCAUGGGAACAUCAAGGCAUCGAAUAUUCUUCUGACGAAAUCUUUUGAAGCUCGUGUCUCUGAUUUUGGGCUUGCUUACCUUGCUCUUCCAACCUCAACGCCAAACCGUGUUUCUGGUUACAGAGCACCAGAGAUCACUGAUGCGCGCAAAGUAUCCCAAAAAGCUGAUGUGUAUAGCUUCGGCAUCAUGCUUCUGGAGCUGCUUACAGGGAAGGCUCCGGCUCAUUCUUCACUGAAUGACGAAGGGGUGGACCUCCCAAGAUGGGUUCAAUCUGUGGUUGAAGGUGAGUGGAACACUGAUGUGUUUGACAUGGAGCUUCUGCGGUACCAGAGUGUUGAGGACGAAAUGGUGAAGCUCUUGCAGCUUGCCCUUGAAUGCACUGCACAAUAUCCUGAUAAGAGACCUUCAAUGGACGUGGUGGCAACCAAGAUUGAAGAAAUUUGCCAUUCUAGUUUAGAGAAAGAGGAAGGGAAGAAUCAUGAUUUUAAAGAUCCUGAUCAUGGAUUUUCGCAACAGUACUACUCUGUUGACUCGGGUGUGUCACAAGCUUGAAUAUAGAACUGAAGAAAGACCUCAUUGUUUUCAUAUUUGGCCUGUUUUUGGCAUCAUAUUACGACAAGUGUUGUUUGUUUGUUGGUUUAUUCAUUGAGGGAUUAUAGAAACCAGCUUUGUAUGACCUUUGUCUUCCCCUCUCACUACCUUAUUCUACUUAGUCCCUCCCUUUUGUUAUUCUGAAUCUUGGUUUUGGGGGGUUUCCAUUCCCCCACUUUGUUUACUACUUCAUAUUCCUUAAACGACGCUUGUUUUAUUUAUUUAAC